UGAAAUAUUUGUUGCUAUUAUUACGUGUUAAGUGUGAAUAAACAAUAAACCUUGAAAGUCACGGAAGAAUGCAUAUCCUGAAUAAGAAGUUAUAAAGAUUGUUCCAAUUAUCGGAUGCAUGAAGGACAAGAACAAGUAGUGUAGUAAAGGCUUAAGGUGAAAGUGAAGCUGUUUUAAAAGAUCGGUGCCGAUAUUCAGUUAUUCAGUCAGCCCACAAAGUUCCUGCACAGAACUAAUGGAGAAGAACGCCAUUCUACUUCCAAACGGGCAGUUAAUGCCAAUAAUUGGAUUUGGUACAUGGCAGGCAAAUGAAGAAGAAUUGCAGAGUGCAUUGGACAUUGCUUUAGAAGCAGGAUAUAGGCAUAUUGAUACUGCAGCAGCAUAUGAAAAUGAAAAAAUAAUUGGCACUGUUCUUAAAAAAUGGUUUGAUUCUGGAAAAAUUAAACGAUCUGAUAUUUUUGUUGUUACAAAGCUACCUCCUGUAGGAAAUAGACCAGAAGAUGUUGAAAAAUGGAUUAAAAAAUCUUUACAAAAUCUACAAUUAGAAUAUGUAGAUCUUUAUUUAAUUCAUGUUCCAUUUGGUUUUGAGAAAGUUGGAGAACUUUUACAUCCUGUGAAUGAAAAUGGUGAAGUAAGACUUGAUAAUAAUACAGAUCUUGUAAAAAUUUGGGCUGAAAUGGAAAAGCAAGUGGAGAGUGGACGAGCUAAAGCAAUUGGAUUAUCAAAUUUUAAUAUUUCUCAAAUUAAGCGAGUUUUGAAAAACGCAAGAAUAAAGGUAUCGAUGUUACAAAUUGAAUUGCAUGUUUAUAUGCAACAAAAGGAACUGGUAAAAUAUUGUAAAGAGGUAAACAUCCCAAUAACCGCCUAUUCACCACUUGGUGCACGAGGUUUAGUUAGAUUAAUGAAAAAGACGGAAGAAAUCCCAGAUAUGCUACAAAAUGAUGUAGUACUAGAAAUAGCAAAGAAUAACAAAAGAACACCUGCACAAAUUUUAUUACGUUACAUUGUGCAAAAUGGGAUCAUAGUUAUUCCUAAAAGCACAAAUGCCAAACGAAUUAAAGAAAAUAUACAACUAUUCGAUUGGGAACUCAAAGAAGAGGACAUGAAGAGAUUAAAAAAUCUAGAUCUUGGUGAAUCUAGCAGGGUUUGUGAUUUUACUAUAUUUAAGGGAGUUAAUUCUCAUCCUGAGUUCCCUUUCUAAAUCUUAUUUAGGUUCUAAAUAAGUUUAUAUUUUAUACAUAAUGAUGUACGGACUAUGUAUAUACAUUAUGUACAUGUACA